CACCCUCCUCAUGAUCCAUCCUGUGCACCAGGCCCAACACCGCAGCGGUGAGCCUGACUCUGGACCUGCUGUUUCUCAGACGUCUCCAUGACAACCAGGGCCCUGGAGGAGCUGGAUGGAGGCCUGGGCAGCUGCCAAGUGGACGAGGGCCUCUCUGCACUGGCUGACCCCUGCCCAGGCCAGCCGCGGGAGGACAGGGCUCCAGUGACACCCAGUCUGGCCGACUCCAACAGCUGGCCUCAGGAUUCUCAGGAGCCGGUAGCUGAGGGCAGCCCCGCAGGCGGUGUGGAUGCCAGGCCCAAGAAGACAGAAAAGGAGCCGGUGGCCAAAGUGGCCUCAGGACACGGGAAGGAGAGGCUGAAAACAGGAGCAACCCCCCGGAGCCCCGCGCGGAAGAAGACGCAGGCCGUGCCGCCCCCGCAGCCGCCGCCGCCGCCCCCGGCCCUGAGCGAGGAGCUGCCCUGGGGAGAGCUGUCGCUCAACAAGUGCCUGGUGCUCGCCUCGCUCGUGGCGCUGCUGGGCUCCGCCUUCCAGCUGUGCCGCGAGGCCGUGGCUGGGGAAGCGGAAGCCCCUGUGCCUGUCCUUGAACCGUGCGUCCCGCCAAGCUCAGCCCCGAAGGGUCCUGCAUCGGCCCUGCCAAAGCCCGUGACCUGGGCUCCCCCACUGGGACCGCCUGCACCCCAGAUGAAGGUAGAGGAAAGGGCCAAGGUCCCCGGGAGCAGGGAGGCUGCAGGGAAGGACAAAGGGGAGUCUGAGGAGGCCGCUGGGGAGGAGCCCGCGCCCCUUGCAGACCGAGGGCCCAAGGAGAGGUUGAAGGAGGGGCCGAAGAAGGAGAGGCUGCGGAAGGAGAGGCCUCAGAAAGAGGAGAGGCCAAGAAGGGAAGAGAGACCACGGAGGGAGAAGCCACGGAAAGAGGAGAGGCCACGGGCUGCCGGGGAGCCCCGGAGAGCCCUACCGCGGCAUUGGGAGGCACGCAAAGGGGGCCAUCAGCCAUGGGCGCGAGACUCCGGAGACCCGGAGUACAGGAAGAAGCAGGCCUGGGCCUCCCCAGAGGAGGAGGACCGGCCUCCGGGCCGCCGGAAGCACCGCGCAGGCAAGGGGCGGGACUGAGCCAAGUCUGGCCCCACACGGGAGUUCCUGGGCCUCCGCUCGUCCGUCCCGUGGUUACAGCAAAAUAAAGUCAGUGCUGGGGCCCUC